AUGGCUAGACCUCCGUCGACAGUACGCGGCUAUUUUUCAUCGGCAUGGCGGGUCGACCCGACGGAGCGCAAGUUGGUGCGCAAAAUUGAUUUUUUCAUUCUCACAUUUUGCUGUUUGAGUUACUUUUUGAAUUACUUAGACCGUAUGAACCUUGCAAAUGCUUAUGUGUCUGGCAUGAAGGAAGACCUGGGGUUCGAAGGUGACCAGCUCAAUCAAAUCAACACAUGCUUCACCGUCGGGUACGUCGAGCCUCGCAAUGAACCCGUAUAUGUGAUCGGCCAAAUCCCCUCGAACCUCAGCCUCCACUACAUCAAACCACGUUACUUCUUCCCCGCUAUGAUGCUAGUAUGGGCGGCCCUCACUAUGAUCACAGCAUCCAGCCAUUCGCCCCAGGCCAUCAUGGCCAUCCGCUUUUUCCAAGGGAUCGCCGAGGCGUCUACCUUUGUCGGGACGCAUUACAUCCUCGGGUCCUGGUACACCGAGCGUGAACUCGGCAAACGCAGCGGUAUCUUCACCGCGUCUGGUCUAGCGGGCACUAUGAUUGGCGGCUUCAUCCAGAGUGGCAUAUACUCUAGCCUGGAGAAUAAACACGGCCUGCCCGGCUGGCGCUGGCUUUUCAUCAUCGACGGUAUCAUCACCUUACCUGUUGCCCUUUACGGUUGGUUCCUAUUCCCCGACACCCCCGCUACCACGACUGCACGGUACUUGACCCAAGACCAGCGCGACUUGGCUGUGUCUCGCCUCAAGAACCAGAACCACCGCCUCCUCGAACCCGAUCCAGACGGUGGAGAUCGUGAAAACAACCACCGCAACGACCACCAUGAUACCACAACCCACCAACCCCCGGCCACUGAUACCAGUCCUGCUAUCACCCACCAACCCCCGGCCACUGAUACCAGUCCUGCUAUCACCCACCAAACCACCAACACCACCUCCCCCCUAUCAUGGACCUUCGCCAAACAAGUCCUAACCUCGUACGAGUGGUGGGGCUUUGUGAUCCUCUGGAUGAUCGCCGGCGAGACGGAAUCAUUCUCCUCCAACUCGCUCCUUUCGCUCUACAUGAAAAGCUCCCCCUCCACUACCUACACCGUCGCCCAGCUCAACGACUACCCGACCGGCGUCCCAGCCGUGGGCAUAGUAUCGACCCUCUUCUGGGCCGCUCUGACGGACUUCCUCGGCGGAAAACGCUAUCUGGUCGGGUACUUCAUUGGGAUCACCGGGGUCGCGACCAGCGCGAUGAUUCUGGCCGCUAAGGCCGGUAUGAUGGGUCCGAUAGAAGCGGGCGGGAGGCCAGUGGCGGUGGUGUUUGCGGCGUAUUACUGGGCCGGCGCGGUGUAUGCGUGCCAGGCGACGUUUUUCGCGUGGGCCAACGACGCAACGAGGCACCGGGAACCUGUGUUUCGGUCGGUGGUGCUGGCGGGGAUGAAUGUGGGGAAUAACGCGGUGAAUGCGUGGUGGAGUAUUGUGUUUUAUGGUGCGAGCAUGGCGCCGUGGUUCGAGAGAGGGAUGUACGCCAUGAUUGCAACGUCGGUGGCACUGGCGAUCUGGACCGCCGGCCUAUCGUACAUGACUGCCCGGGCUCAAAAGCGCAGGGAGCUCGAGUCUGCUGGAGGAUCCGAGGAGGCUGCUACUGCUGGAGAGCAGGAGAAGACUUGA